UAGAAUAGAUAUCCGCUUUAGGCCGCCCUUGGCCGUAUGUGAUCUCCGGAGCUCGCCUUCCAUGGCGGCAGAACACUCGUAGUUGUAUUAACUUAUACCUGCAAAGUUAACCCCAUCUCCAAUUCGGUCACAAGCUCCGGCCGCCGGCAUCGUCCAUCUGCCGAAGCUUUAACGAGCGACGAUGGAGGACGAGGCGGAGAUGUACGACGGGAUCAGAGCUCAGUUCCCUCUCACCUUCGGCAAGCAGUCGGCGUCACAGACCCCGCUCGAAGCCGUCCAUAACUCCACCCGCCGCUCCGAUCAGAAUCUCUCCGGCACCUCUUCUUCAACCCCCAGCAAGGGCAAUGAUCUCCCUUCUCUUUCCUCUUCCUCCCAGGCGUGGCUCAACUCCCUCCAUCCCCGAAACCGUAACCCUAACCCUAGCAGUGGAAUAAACUCCACCAGCCGCGACGGCGGCUCCGCCCCUGAGCCUGCUGAUAGCGAUGCUGACGUCGUGAUAGGGCCGCCCCGUGCACCGGCUGGGUUGGGCUCCGACGAAGAUGAUGGGGUGAUGGUGGGUCCUCCUCCACCACCCCCGAGUUCAGGGCGUGAUGGCGAUGAAGAUGAGGAUGAGGACGAUGCCGUAAUGAUUGGGCCUCCGCCUCCGCGGAAUUUGCAGUCGGACGAGGAGGAGAAUCGGUAUCGGAUUCCUCUCAGUAAUGAGAUCGUGCUUAAGGGUCACACUAAGGUGGUAUCAGCGCUGGCUAUUGAUCAUUCAGGAUCUAGAGUUCUUACUGGAAGCUAUGACUACACAGUACGCAUGUAUGACUUUCAAGGAAUGAAUUCCCGUUUGGCAUCGUUUAGACAAUUGGAACCAUUUGAAGGCCACCAAGUUCGUAAUUUGAGCUGGAGCCCUUCAGCAGACCGCUUCUUGUGUGUUACUGGGUCAGCUCAAGCAAAGAUUUAUGACCGGGAUGGGCUCACUCUUGGUGAAUUUGUAAAGGGAGACAUGUAUAUUCGUGAUUUGAAAAAUACAAAGGGGCAUAUAUCUGGUUUGACAUGGGGAGAGUGGCAUCCAAAAACCAAAGAGACAAUUUUGACAUCAUCAGAAGAUGGAUCUCUUCGCAUAUGGGAUGUCAAUGAUUUCAAAAGCCAGAAGCAGGUUAUAAAGCCAAAGCUUGCAAGACCUGGGAGGGUCCCAGUUACUACAUGCACUUGGGAUUGUGAGGGAAAAUGCAUCGCUGGUGCAGUUGGUGAUGGUUCUAUACAGGUUUGGAACCUUAAGCCUGGUUGGGGAAGCAGGCCGGAUAUUUUUGUUGAGAAGAGUCAUUCCGAUGAUAUAAGUGGGCUUAAGUUUUCCAGUGAUGGGAAAUUACUACUAUCUCGAAGCUUUGAUGGUUCACUUAAGGUUUGGGACUUGCGAAAGAUGAAAGAGCCUCUGAAAGUUUUUGAGGAUCUUCCCAAUCAUUAUGCUCAAACAAACAUCGCUUUUAGUCCCGACGAGCAGCUCUUCUUGACUGGAACUUCUGUCGAAAGGGAUAGUACUACGGGAGGUUUACUGUGCUUCUUUGAUCGAGAAAAACUUGAACUUGUAUCAAGGAUUGGGAUUUCACCGACUUGCAGUGUCGUGCAGUGUGCCUGGCACCCAAGGAUAAACCAGGUCUUUGCCACUGCUGGGGAUAAAAGCCAAGGAGGGACUCACAUAUUGUACGACCCUACUCUCAGUGAGAGGGGAGCUUUAGUUUGUGCUGGGCGUGCCCCGAGGAGGAAAUCUGUCGAUGAUUUCGAGGUGAAACCUGUGAUCCACAAUCCCCAUGCUCUUCCUCUGUUCAGAGACCAGCCAAGUCGUAAGCGGCAACGAGAGAAGGUCCUGAAGGACCCAUUGAAAUCCCAUAAACCGGAACUUCCCAUAACAGGGCCAGGACAUGGAGGAAGGGUUGGUACAACCAAGGGGAGUUUAUUGACCCAGUACCUCCUUAAGCAAGGGGGCCUGAUUAAGGAAACAUGGAUGGAGGAAGAUCCAAGAGAGGCUAUACUGAAAUACGCAGAUGUCGCUGCGAAAGAUCCAAAGUUCAUAGCUCCAGCCUAUGCACAGACUCAACCUGAACCAGUUUUUGCCAAGUCUGAUUCGGAAGAGGAAGAUAAAUGAUGGCACUAGCGCUUCAGCUCGUUGGGCUGUGGAACUGACGUUCCAUCAAUCAAGUGCCAAAAUGGUACACGAGGUAUUCGCCGGGUGCUGAGUUCCUGAGAAAUGAGAAUCUCUCCUGUCAUUUAUAUAUGACCCUCCAUAGUCGUAGAUUCUCUCUCCCCUUAUCUGUUUUGCACAUCAGGCAGGGGUCUCCCUUAGAUAAAAGCAGUAUCAGUUUGUUACAGGAUUCUUUGUUCGAUAUAGUGAAAUAUCUAGGGUGUGUUUAUUUUUUAAAAAAUUUUCAACUCAACUUCACUUAUCUUCAAUUCAAUAUCACAAUCAUUACUUU